CAAUCUCAGACAUGAGCAAUCGAGUGUCGCGCGACAGUGGAGCAACAGUCCAAACUUAUUGAGAUUGUCUUCGCACCGGGAAACGAACGCCUUUUUCGCCACCCAAACAGUUGUAGAAGGAGUAAACGCAAACGGUACCGACAUGUGACAACCUUAAAACAACUUGAAGUGGAGUUUGGCCUCGCUGGAGAAAAGAUUUACCGAAGACAUGAGAACCAACUUCAAGGACCUGGACGCGUAAGAGGCUUUCACCACAGUAGCCAUGGCAACGCAGUUUACCAUCGAUGAUGCCUUUGUGUUGGAGGGAGACGAAGAGACAGCCGGGUCUGAUGAAGGGACAGAGGGGUGGAAGAGCAGGGAGAAGGAUCGAGAAGGAGAGAUGACAUUUGGCACUCUGAGUUUCUCCAAACCUCAAACACAUCCUUCGCCUUCUGACACCGGCUCGCCUGAACACAGUAACCUGAAGUACCAGAAUCUGGAAAAUGAAGACACCGUGAGAGACGGUGGCAACUCUUCUUUCAAUAACUUCUUUAAAAUCAGUGACCCUGCCACGCUGUCUUACUGCAGUUCUCAGUGGUCUUUCAGCACGCUAAGCUCCGUCCAGCAGCUCUCUGCACAUUGCUGUGGGUGGGUGUCGCAUCCUCUGGUGAAGAAAAACAGAAGAGUUGUUCUUGCUUCAUUCCUUCUCCUCAUCACUGGAGUUGCUUUGAUUUUCACUGGGAUUGUCAUACAGCUGAAUCCAAAUGCAGGUGUUUCAAGUGCGAUCUUCUUUAUUCCGGGUUUUCUUCUCUUUAUUCCUGGAGUGUAUCAUGUGAUCUACAUCUGCUGUGCCGUCCGUGGAAGAAGAGGCUUCAAGCUCUUUUACCUCCCUUAUUUUGAAAAAUAAAAUUUCAGGAGUCACCAGUAUUACUACAUUUUCUUGUUUACUACACUAAAAUGAUUGAUGUCUUGUCAUUUGUACCAAAAAUUCCAAACCAAGUAUUGGGUAUUGACUUUUGGGCUUUUGUUUUGUUUUUGUCAAUGUAAUGACCACUACUGCUUGUUUUCACUAUGAAUUGCUGUAUCUAAGCAAAGAGGGAGGUAGGUCUUGUCUGUGGUUUCCAUAUGUGAAUAAUUUUUGUGAAAUUACAAUAAAAUUGUUUACAUAUUUUAA